AUGUUAUCCGCAGCGGUUUUAAAAGAUGAGAAAUCUGAACAAUUCGAUGAGUUUGUAAAAAUAAAUAAAUGGGAUGGCACUGCUGUUAAACAUGCUCUAGAUGAUGCCGUUAAGAAUGCUUUAUUUGCGACAAGGCCACAUUUGAAGGAACAAUUUGGUUUAAUCAAUACACGUUUGAUUUUGUGUACAUUAGCGGUUGGCGUCGCUGUUAUGGCGCAUGGUUGGGAUUUCACGCAUCCAUUUCCCGAAUCAAAGCCAGUAUUAAUGUUUUGUGUCGUUGGUUAUUUCGCUUUAAUGGGCGUUUUAACUUUGCAUACUACUUUUCGUGAAAAAGGAACGUUUGCCGUAGCUACUGAGAAAAUGCCCAACGGCGAAAGACGAUUAUGGGAAGCUAGCUCAGAUAUGAAGAAAUAUGAUGAUAAAUAUACUUUAGUGUUGUCUAUUAAGGAUGCUAAAUCAUUAAAGGAGACAAGCAGUGUAAAAUCCUGUGCAAACUUUAUCGAUGCUAAUGGUAUUGUUUUGGAUAAUCAUAUUGCUAACGAAGUGAAUCGCUUGUAUAACACUUUAUCGAUAGAGAAAAAAGAGAAAUAGCUUAUUAGGUUGGUUUGAAACUGGUGAAUUUGUAAUUUCAACAAAAAAGUAUGUGGAUGAGAAGUACUUUUUAAUGAUUUAAAUAAAAUUUUUGAUUUCA